AUGUCAGAAAUGGACAAAUAUUACAAUGAGAUGAUUGAAUACCUGGAUGAUGGCAACUGUUCACGAUUUCCGUUCACUCGCAAAUCCGAACUAGUUCGUGGGGCCAUCUAUGGGGAUGACCUUUUCAUGACCUCAAUAUUGGCAAACAGUAGACAAAUGGAGACCAAACGUACAGUUAAUGGCAUUCGUGGGCCAAACCGUGUUGUGGUCUCAGCGGUGCACUCAUUGUCUCGCUGUAUGUCUGUCAACCACUUGUCAUUGUCCGCAGAUUUGAUCGACACUUGCGUUCAAUUCACUCUUCAAUACACGACAUCGGCCACAGAUCCGAAGAUACUGUUUGACUACACGAGCAAACAGUUAUGGCCUGAGGAGGGGGUCGAUGUGGACAUGGAUUACACCCCCGAAGUGCAAGACAGCGACGAUUCCGGCAAUACUACCACUGAAGACAAUCACAACUCGAGCGCUGAUAAUGCGGUGGCCAGUGAUGGCACCGACACUUCAAAAGACAACAACUGUUCCCUGAGUGACGAACGCAUUGUGCCCUCCAUUAAGAUAUCGAAGAAUAAGAGGAAGAACUCGAAGAACUGGUCGAUCGUUGGGCAGCAGUCGGCCACCAAUUGUGCAAAGAAUGGAUUAAAUGUCGACAAUAAUGGCAACGAAAUGGUGCCUAAGAAGAGGGGCCGCAAACCUAAAGCCGCGACCAAUGGAGUGACUGAAGUGGUUGUGGUCGCCGACCAAAAGCCGCCCAAAAAGCAAAAGAAGACAGCAUUGAAUGAAAGGAGACGAACCGAAAGGGAUUACAAACAGAAGUCAAGUGUCAAACAAAGUGAAGAUAAUGAGAGACAAUGUGAUCGCAAAGUGAACCGAAUGAACAGCAAAUGGGAGUUCAGUUGUCUAUUGAAGACGUUGGACACAGACUUCGAGCAGAUCCUCGCCGAUGAGAUUCUCAUUAAAAUCUUUGAUUAUGUUUUAGUGGACGACAAGAAUAGGACACAAUCUAUCAUUAAUCUGUCUCAAGUGUGCGAAAGUUGGCGUAAAAUCAUAACAACAACACCUCUGAUGUGGAAAAGUCUGGAUUUGCAGACAUUUUCGGACACGAGUUUCCAAUACCAGCAUCUCUUUGAUUUGAUGGAUAAGAACCAACUGUUCAUUUGCAUGAAAGCCCUCAAUCUGAGCGGUUGGAGCGGAUCCAACGCUGAACGUGUUCUCGACACCAUUGCCAUCAAUUGUGGCGCAAAUCUCAACGAAUUAUCGCUAAACAACUGCAAAAACAUUUCCUCACAAUUCUUGCAAACAUUAAGCACUCAUUGCACUAAUAUAGUGGUCCUCAACAUCUCUGCCAUUACCGUAAUUAUCUAUUACCGUAUUUACUGU